AUGGUAUUUGAAUGCUUAUAUCUAAGGCUGAGUUCGAAUCAUAUAUUGUCAAAGAAUGAUUGUCCAAUGAGUUGUCUUGCCACCACUGUACAAUGUCCUUGGAUGCCUUUAAAAGAAAGCCGGUUCGUACAAAAGAUCUUUGUUUUAAGGUCAAGCGGAAUUAUCAAAUUUACCUCAAAGAUGAAAAUUGUCUGUAGCAUUCUGUUUCUAUUUGCUUUGUCAGUGAAAGGCAAUGAAAAGCGUUUCAAUGGACAUUCAUCUAUUUCACCUGCAAAUUGUGAUUUUGAAAAAAUUGGAAUGUGCCGUUGGAUGCCCGACCCACGAAAUAGUGAAGCUCAUUGGCGAAUCGAGCAUUCAAAAACUAAACAUGGUUUAGUGAAUGGAAUUCUUUGUAUGUCUUUAUCUGUACUUCAAGCGGACUCUGAAAAACAGGAGAGAUUGAUUCCAUUUGAAAUCUAUACUAGUUCUACAGAUGUUUUUUCUGGACGGCUUUGGAGUGAUAAGUUUCAUCGUCUGAAACCACAUAUCGAUUAUCAAUGCUUAGAGUUUUCUUACAUGAUCGAAAGUAAAAGCAAAAAGACAAUACAGCCAUCUACAGUAAAUUACAGUCGAUAUAUUCCUCAGCUCACUCUCCUUCGACAUUCUUCAGGAUCAUGCACUAAAAAGACUGUAGAUGGAAGAAAAGAAUCAUUAUUGUGUGAAAAUGAAAAAUUAUGGACGUCAGAUUAUUCAUUUCAUACUCAAAAUGAAUUGUUAUCCUCAACAUCUUUAUGGAAAACAAUUACUCUAUCAUUGAUUGAUUCAAAUGAACAAAUUAUAACUGAUUAUAAGCUGAUAUUAGAAGGUACGAUUCCUGCUGGCUAUCCGGAUGCUAGAAUCUGUGUUGAUAAUAUUACUUCUUAUACUGAACCAUGUAGUGCUUUGGAGAAAGCAUCUGCACCAUUGCCAAGUCAAUGGAGUUGGGCACAAUACUUUGGAUUGACAUUUGUUGGUGCUUUGAUCUUAGGUUUAUUAAUACCAGUGUUGUUUUUGGUUAUUCUGAUUUGGGCUUGUCGUCGCCGUCAUCAUGCUAUGCAUUCAAACUAUACAAAUAGUAAAUUAUUUUCAACAAAUCUAUGGUAUUACAUUGGUGGCAAAGAAAUAUGUGAUGAUCCAAAUGGUUUUCGUGGUAGUUCAAGUAUGUUACGUUCAAAACAAUUUAACUCACCGUCAGCAACUGGUACUUUAUUGAAUGGUGGUGGUGGGCAUCAUCUGAUGUUGAGUAAUGCUGAUGUAAUGGAUUUACCUGAUGUAGUUGUACCAGGUGGACGUGUAGUGGCUUUUAAUUAUUCCGGAAAUACUUUAGGCGGCAACACACUUCGUCAUAAUCAUAAUAAUGCUGGAUAUACAAACACAAAUUAUCUGUCAAAUGCACAAAAUAAUCAGGUUAUGCUAACAAAUGUUAAUGGGACAGUUUCACUGAAUAAUUGUGGUACAAAUGUUACUACUGUUGCACGCACUGGUCAAAAUACAAUGCCGUUAGUGUCAAAUGAACUCAUUCAACAACAGUCACAAAGUCAACAACAAAAUGAAGCUUACAAUUACCAAACGAAUCCGGUUUUUGGGGAAUCUGUCUCUAUGGCAGUGAUGACAGCCAGUCAAUCUCCAAUGCUAAUGACACAAUCUAUGGCACCGAAUUACGGUUCUGAAGCGAAUCACGUUGCUCAGUCAAAUUUUUCUAAUACUAAUACUCAACAAAUAAAUCAAUUAAAUCCAAGUGGUCAAGCAUACAACAAACCAACAGUACAACAACAGCACCAUCAACCACGUGCACAAUCGCAAUAUUUUCCCCCGACUCAACAAUCUCAAACGAAUUUAAUUCAACCACAACCACAAAUAGCUCAAUCAUUUCAACAACAACAACCGUCUAACUUUCAAUUUCAGAACCAACCUCAACAGCAACAACAACAGUUAGUGGCUAACCAAACACCUGCUUCUAAUCAAUUUCAUCCACAACAACAACAGUCGGUACAACAAUCACAACAACAGCAGUUUCCCUUACCACCGCCACCUCCAACAUGUCAAUUGCAUCAGAUGAAUCUUCAACAGGCUGCAAAUUUACCAUCACAAGCACAACAACAAAAUCAACCCGUUUCUUUUAAUCAACAACCAGUUAAUCAUCAGUAUCCAUUUCAGUCACAACCAUCACAAGUACAACAACCAAUACCGACUGAUCAACGAAGACAACAAGUAGUGAAUGGACAAGUACAAACAUCUAUUGCUGUUGUUACUGCACUUACUGCUCCCACUCCACUUGGUACAUCACAACAAAAUUGUCAACCUUUACAACAACAGCCUAACACUAAUACUACAAAUCCUGGAAAUAAUAAUUUGAAUAGUGGAAAUGCAUUAAUAACAGCAUCGAAUAAUCGUUGUUUAUCUAUGUCACCAACUUCUAUUGGAACUGAUUCACUUACUGAAGCUGAUCAACAAGCGGCUAUGGCUUUGUUAGCUGCUGCCACUGAAGGUAUGGAUACAUUUCGAGAAAAUCAAACAACACCGAGUAGUUUACAAUCUCCAAUUCCAAUAGUUAAUAAUAACAUUAGCAGAUUAGAUUCAUGCCUAAAUACUAAUACUACCACUACUACUACUACUACUACUACUAAUAAUAAUAAUAAUAACGCUCAAGUACCAGUUGAUGAAGAUAAUCCACCACCAGGAUACGAUGAAGCUAUUGGUUUGAUACAAAACAAUUUCAUGAAUAAUGUUAACAUGGCAAUGAUGAUGAAUACAAUGGUAAAACCAGCUGUUCCUAUACCGAACACAACUUGUACACCACCACCAGCAUUACCACCACGUCGAAUUAUUAAUGGUGUUGGUUUAGAAGAUAUUGAGGAUCCACAAUCAAUGACAUCGUGUAUAUCGUUAGCUGAACGUUAUGGCCUACCGGUAGCUGAAAUUUAAGAUGAACAGAGCGAAGGUUUUAAACGAUGGAUAUUGUUGAACUCUUUAGGAAAUAAUUACAUCAUUGAAUGCGUAACAGUCGUAUGAUUUUUGCUUAGCGUAAUUUUUCAUCGCAUCCCUUUAAUGUUGUUGUUUUUCCUUUUCUCGCUUACUCAUCUUAAUUAAUGUUUGUUGUUGUCCCCAUUAUUAUUAUUAUUUGUUGAUGUUACCAUUAUUUAUUGUUAAUGUGUACUUUUCGUAUCUGCAUGUUUUCACGUCUACUUGUGUCUAUUCUUGACAUUUCAUUUCAUCAAAUUAAUUAUUUAUCUUACUCAUCGCUUAGCUUAUAUAAUGAUUUUACGUUUCAUUGUUGCUGUUUUCACUUGUUUUAAUCAUAAUAUUGAUAGUUAUACAUUUGCAAUCAUUUUUCAAGUAUUACAUUUUAAAUAGUAGCAUUCUCCUGUCAUAAAAACUUAUGCAACUGACAUUGUUAUGCUUAAAUUUAAGUUUUUUAUGCCCUAAUUAACCCAUUUACUGCCUAAUGAUAGCUAAUAUAGUAUAAGUGUUUACCAUUAUUAUCUCACUGUCAUCCACACACACACACACGUACACGGUAAUUGAAUUUACGCAAUUCAUGUUCUCAUAUUUUUUGGUGAGAAAGUUAGUGAUAAAACUAAAGCAUUUUAAUCUUCUAGCCAAUCGUACCGAAGAACAUCAGCUGCAUAAAUAUAUAUGUAUAUCUAUGUGUGUGUAUGUGUGAUCUGUGUUUCGAUGCUAUCACUCUGCUAGUAAUUAACAACUACAUUAUUCCAACACAAACUCAUCAACAAUCACCACAUCAAAAAACCCUAAAUUAUGACAGUCAUUCACAUCUUGAUUUGAAAUUCCUUCUUGUCUUCGUUCGUUUUCAUUGCUGUUAUUUUGAGCGAGUUCUUCUCGUAUUACUUCACUCAUUUCUAGUUAUUUGUGUUUGUUUUUUCUUCUUUGCAAUUUUACCAAACUUUUUAUCUUUAUUUUGUUUUAAUUUGUUCCUUAUUGUUUUGUGGAGGAAUUUUAUUGAUUACGUAGAACUCUGCCAAAAUUUCUCACUUCUCUCUAUUCAUCCCACCUUCGGAGAUACCAUAGGAUGGGCGUUAAUUUUUUUUUGAUCAUUACUGAGGAAUUAUACAUGUGAUAUGAACAUGUAGUUAGGAAAAAUGCUGUGCUUUGUUUAUUUGAAGGUGCUUCUGGCUGAGCUUUCUUCUUUUUACGUUUCAACAUUACCUAACAAUUGCAAUAUGUAUAUCUUAUGAUUUGUUUGAUUUAAACGUGCAACAUAGUUGUUGAUCUUUAUUAUCGACUAUCCAAUUAUCUGUUUGUUCAUUUCCCUUAUGUUUUAUCUUGAAUUUUAACCCUUAUUUGCAUUAUCAUAACGUUGUCAUGUUGUCUGUCAUUUUGAUCACUUAUUCAAUGAAUAAUCAGUGUAUUGUCAUUUUUUCAUGCUUACUUCCUUUGCUUCAAUAAAUAAAUGUUCAUUAUGACC